UUGUUUUUUUUAUUUAAUUGUUCCAGAUGGAGUUUUGAUGAAACAGUGACUCAUUUUAUCUAUCAAGGCCGACCAAAUGACACUAACCGAGAAUAUAAAUCUGUAAAAGGAAAAGGAGUACAUGUUGUUUCAGAGCACUGGCUUUUAGAAUGUGCCCAAGAGCAUAAACAUCUUCCUGAAUCUCUUUAUCCGCAUACUUACAAUCCCAAAAUGAGCUUGGAUAUCAGUGCAGUACAAGAUGGCAAACUCUGUCACAAUCGUCUACUCUCAGCCGACUCAGCAACGAAGGGUGAAGAGCCAGAUCAUUUGCCUGUAGAAGAAAAUGACAUAGGCAAUAUGACCUCCAGUAAUAAAGAAACAGCAACAUCAAAUGGAAAUGGAAGGAGUAACUUUAAAGGAGCUCUGACACAGACACUGGAAAUGAGAGAGAACUUCCAAAAGCAGCUGCAGGAGAUAAUGUCCGCGACAUCUAUAGUGAAACCCCAGGGGCAAAGGACUUCUCUUUCAAGAAGUGGUUGUAACAGUGCUUCUUCAACCCCUGACAGCACUCGCUCAGCCCGCAGUGGACGGAGUAGAGUCCUAGAGGCCCUGAGGCAAUCUCGUCAAAUAGUACCUGAUAUCAACACAGAGCCCUCCCAAAAUGAACAAAUCAUUUGGGAUGACCCUACAGCCAGGGAGGAGAGAGCAAGGCUUGCCAGCAAUUUGCAGUGGCCUAGUUGUCCCACCCAAUAUUCUGAGCUUCAAGUUGACAUUAAAAAAUUGGAGUAUUCUCCUUUCCAGGAGCCAUUACACGAUUCAGAAAUUGCUGAACAGGGUAAUGAGAAAAAAAUCUAUUUAGCUGUUUGUAUUAAGUGCAUGUUGACCUCUUAAAAAUAAACAGAUAAACACAUUGUAUUUCUUUGAAUUAUGCAUGCUAUGAAAAACUUACUAGAUAUUUCUGAUCUGAGUUUAAAAAGAGUCAGAAAAGUAAUAAUAAAUUUAGGUAAUUUAUCAUUAAAUUGAAAACUAUUUUGAUUCUUAAAUUUGGAGAUUAAGGAUUAGGCAUUUUUUGCCAGACAUGGUUUUCACCAUUGUUCAUUCAUUCUAGUCCUUUAUGCACUUGUGUAGUUAAUGCCUGGUUUUUCUCCCAAUCAUCUUAUUUUCAUUUAAAUCUUCUGAAUUUCAUCCUAUAUUCAAAUCCUACAUUUGUUCUUUGGAUUUGUAUGUGUUGCUUUCUGAAUUCCCAUAUUUUUUUCUUCUUUGGGGGCUUUACUUUGAUAAAAUGCUUUAUAUCCCUCAUUGUUGGUCAUCUUUUUACCCGCCUUUCUCUUUCAGGGCACUUGAUUAUUUCUCUACACUAAAUGUGUAGACUUCUCUUUGCUGCUAAUUUUCUCCAAGUGUAAAAUUGCUUUCAUUGUACAAA